ACAUAUAGGGGAGGAGGAAAGAGAAUGUGUGAAUGUGAAAGAGAGAGAGGGGUAAUGUGAUGGUGUUUUCCUCCUGCAUGUAUCAUUGAGGGAGAGGGAGUGUGAUGGUGGUGUUUUCCUCCUGCAUGCAUCAGUAAGAUGUGAAGAUGGCGGAGCUGCAGAUGCUGUUGGAAGAGGAGAUUCCUGCUGGUCGAGGAGCUCUGCUGGACAGCUACGCCAACCUAGAGAGAGUCGCCGAGUACUGCGAGAGCAACUACAUACAGUCUCCAGAUAAGCACAGAGCUCUAGAAGAAACCAAAAGCUACACUACUCAGUCUUUGGCCAGUGUGGCCUAUCUGAUCAACACUCUUGCCAACAAUGUGCUCCAGAUGCUGGAUAUACAGGCGUCCCAGCUACGCCGCAUGGAGUCGUCCAUCAACCACAUCUCACAGACGGUGGACAUCCAUAAAGAAAAGGUGGCCAGGCGAGAGAUUGGCAUUCUCACUACCAAUAAGAACACUUCCCGCACGCACAAGAUCAUCGCACCAGCCAAUCCCGAGAGGCCUGUACGCUACAUCCGCAAACCCAUUGACUACAGUCUGCUGGAUGACGUAGGCCACGGCGUAAAGUGGUUACUAAGGUUUAAGGUCAACGCCCAGAAUAUGAAAGCAGGUACAACUCCACGCACAGCUGCCCCGACUCAGAAACCACCCAGCCCUCCUGGCCCAGGCAAAGGAACACUAGGGCGGCAUUCCCCUUACCGGACGCUCGAGCCUGUGCGUCCACCCGUCGUCCCUAACGACUAUGUGCAGAGUCCAACACGCAACACCGCACCACCCCUGCAGAGCCCGGCUAGAACUGCAUCCGUUAAUCAGAGGACCCGCACGUACAGUAGUGGCAGCAGUGGUGGCAGUCAUCCCAGCAGUCGCAGUAGCAGCAGAGAGAACAGUGGGAGUGGAAGUGUGGGCGUGCCCAUCGCCGUGCCAACACCUGCCCCGCCCACAGCCUUUCCCGCUGCAGGUACAGCACCUGCCCCUCCCAACCCUCCGAAACCCCCUCCAAGCGUUACUAUCCCUGCCCCUCCCGUACCUCCGCCACCUCCCACCCCAGAGCCAGUGCUCCCCGCCCCUGCCCCCGCCCCUGCCCCUGCCCCUGCUCUGCCAGCAGAGGGCCCUCCUGAGAUACCACCACCCCCACAGCUGCCCCCCAACCUCCCUGUUAACACCAACACCAACCCUCCUGCUGCAACUAGCACUCCCGCUCAAGGCAACGGUCCUCACUUUUACAGUAUGAACCGGCCAAUGACGCGGCACGCCACGCCCUCUGUGGGAGGUUCCCUGCCCUAUCGCCGGCCGUCAUCAGUUACUGGACAGCCCAACAACAUGCCUCAGAACACAAAUCCAAACAUGAUCCAAAACCAGCUCAAUGGAGGGCCACACUACAACCUAAACCAAGCCCCUAUGGCCCCUCCACCCCCCUCUAUUCUCCAGAUUACCCCCCAGCUACCACUCAUGGGCUUUGUGGCUCGGGUUCAGGAGACCAUCUCAGACGCACCUCCUCCACCGCCCCCUGCAGAAGAAGUGGAGUUCGAGGAGGCAACCCCGCCCCCGCCUCCUCCAGAGGACUAUGAGGAUGAGGAGGGUGAUGAUGAGGAAGAGUCAGCAGUGGUGGAGUACAGUGACCCUUACGCUGAAGAAGACCCACCAUGGGCCCCUCGCAGUUACCUGGAGAAAGUGGUGGCGAUUUACGACUACACGCGUGACAAAGAAGACGAGCUCUCCUUCCAGGAGGGGGCGAUCAUUUACGUCAUCAAGAAGAACGACGACGGCUGGUUCGAGGGUGUGAUGAGCGGCACCACGGGCCUCUUCCCUGGGAACUACGUGGAGUCCAUCAUGCAUUACGCUGACUGAGCCACCGGGUGGCGCCACUACUCCUCUGUCCAUCAUCUUCCUCAUUCAGACACAGAAACACAAAUGAAUUCAGCUACACUACGUCAUGCACAGGCUUGUUGCAAGCAAACAAACUUUGUUGGAGAGCUGCGGGGAAAACUAAGGCGUCAUGACCGGUGGCGCAGAUUUUAAUGGGAAAAAAACUGUUGAAAUGUGUAAGAUAAAUACGUUAGGAACAUUUAUUCAUCUCUUAAUUUCAAUCUCUUAGAAACAUGUAUCAGAAAAGUGUUGGUUUGCUUGACUUGUGUUGAUAGUGAUCGCUUUGCUUUCGCUCCUAUCCGUCUCUACUCUGGAGGAAUGGGUCUGACUAGUAGAUGGACAGUUAUCCUUUCAUGUCAUCAUAAAACUGGAAGGCGGCCAUCUUGGACGUGCAUGUUCCUUUUACAUCACCUCUUAACUGUGUGCUGUCCACUGACCAGCAAAUGAGAGAAAAGCUAUUGCCAAGAAUGACAGAACAGGGAUUUUAUGCAUAACUGUUGUGCCAGGUCAUAUAGAGACGCAUCGAUACAGGUGGGCUUCUUUUCUUUAGUUUUUAAUUGUGUUGGGAGUUGAAUUUCUUUCUUUCUUUUUUUUUUUUUUAAACUGUUACAUUUUGAGUGCAGUUCAGUUUGAAGUCUUUAGGAGGAGGACAUACCAAAGGAUUUCAGUGGUGUUUGGGAUCAUGAACGGGACCGACUACAACCUUAAAAUACUUCUUUUUCACCAUUCCUUUACAUUCAUUUCUUUCCAACAAGAUUUUAUUGCUUGAAAUAUUUGCAAGUAUGUGUAUUCUUUCUAUGUAUGAUAAAAAGGAAAAAAAAAAAAAACACUAUAAAAUUGUUCAGGAAGUUUGUGCCAUAAAGAUAUGUUCGUAGAUGGUCAUAUUUUUGGACGUGAGAGGUUGUGUCUUGAAUCUCGGCACCGGAUGUGGUGUUCUUCAGGAAGAAAACGUGUAUUGUGAUCUUUAACCUCCGAUUCAUCCCUCUGACCAACUGUGGACUUACAGAUACAAGACUAUUCUAUAUAUGUAUGUUAUAUAUUGAUUUAUAUUAUAGAAAUACUAUUGUGUUGGUGUAUGACUGGUGUAGAGACAAGAGAACCCCAUUUAUCUGCAAUAACAAAGGCACAGUUAGAAAGUCCUCAGUCGACGAGCUAGAGAUUUUUAAAGCACAAGAGAUAAACGUGAUCUUAGGGAGACCUUACAAAAUGUGAAGAACUGACUUUUUUUUUUUUUUUUGAAUGAAGAGAUAUUAAACAGAAACCAGCCCAAAUUUUCAAACAUCCUCAUACCCACAUGCAGAUAAUGUGGAACAAACUGUACUAAUGCACAGAGACUUUUUCUAUCAAGUACUUUGAUGUCUAUAUGUAAGUGUGUGUGAGUGCGUAUGUGAGCGUGAAACGGAUCGAUUUCACUGUUUAUGGAUCAUUGGUGACUGACUUGCUUGUCUGUGUGCAAAUCUUUAUUUUCAAUGAAAGGUCUGUGGCGAGGGUGCGUGAAUUGAGUCUUGCAUGUUGAUCAUUUCUGUGAUUUUCCUGCUGAUGGAGAAUAAACUGGAUAUAUCUGGUCUACUUGCUCACGCUUCCUCGAGUUUUCUACUGGAGCAAAUGUGGCCUUGACUUUGAGACAGUUCAUUUUUGGUUAACUAAAAUUAUCUAGAGCAGGGCUUCCCAUGAGAUCCACUUUCAUGCAGCGUUUAGCUCAAACCUUGUUUAAAUUAACCUACCUGUAACUUUCUAGUAACCCUGAAGACCUUGGUUUUAUUGUUCAGGUGUGUUGAUCAGGGUUGGAGUUAAAGGGUUAUUUCUGUCAUUAAUUACUCACCCUCAUGUUGUUCCACACCCGUAAGACCAUUGUUCAUCUUUGGAACACAAAUUAAGAUAUUUUUGAUAAAAUGAGUCCACUGACAGCAAGUUAAUUUACGCUUUCAAUGUCCAGAAAGGUACUAAAGACAUAUUUAAAACAGUUCAUGUGACUACAGUGGUUCAACCUUAAUGUUAUGAAGUGACGAGAAUAUUUUGUUUUUCAGUCAUGUGAUUUCAGUAAAUGAUUUUUUUCUAGAGCAGUCUCCUCUAGGUAAGGUGAAAUUUAAUAGUUUUACUCUAAAGCCCAAAGUAUACUUCACUUUUUACACGUACGCAAGGGUCAGCGUACAGUGCUCGAUGCCAAUUUCAUCAUCAGACGAGUACGCACACCGGAUUUUUGUAACCGUGCAUACUUUGUACGCGCAGGUCAUACAUGCGCAUUUUAUUUUUUUGCAGAAAUUAGUUUAUCCACAAGGUGGCAACCGGGCCCUGGGGGCGUUGAUUCACAAGGUCGUCAAAAGCCCGGAACACACCAAGCCGACGCUGACGAACUAGUGGCGACGAAAGCAGACUGUGGGGCUGGCUCAAUGUCGGCAGCGUCUAGGUCCAAAGUUGCCCUGACACACCAAAACGACGCUCGACACCUGACGGCCAAGUAGCACGUCCGUUCUGCGCCUGUGUAAGAAGAAAUGCCUUUCCGUGCCAGCAGAUGGCAGUAGCUGAACAGCCAAUCAGAAUGAUCAGAUGGCCCGACUGACCGAUGAGCGCCAAUGCCGAUUCAACAUAUCGAAUCGGCUGAAAAAAAGCCAACGAGGACCAACUUCAGCCGAUGGUGCAGAACACACUGAGAAAACUUAGUCGGUAGACGGUGUUUCGGGCUAAAGAAAACCUGCAUAAACGGAACAGACCAGUGUGGUGAGAAAUCACGUCUGAUGAUGCCAUUGGUUCAACAGACUUAAUGGGUAGUAUUUUUAACGCCUGAUUAUUUGCAAAAAUAUUGAUGUAACCCCCUUUGUAAUCGUAACUAAUUUAAUUACACAUUUUUUUCUCAGUAACUGUAACAGAUUAGUUUCCUUUAUUUUGUAAUUAAAUUACGAAAUUCCAUUACAUGUAACUAGUUACUCUCCAACACUGGUGUGAAGAGGUUAGAAAGUACCCUCAUUUGUACAACUCUAGCAUGAAAGAACAAAUAUAUUUACAUGCGUUGUAACUCGUGGCGAGAGAUUGCUCAAAACUGCGCAUGUGUCGAAUGCCUGUGUACGCGUACGAGUCAAGUGAAGUAUAGACCUUAUGUAGCUCCGCCCCUUUUCAGCGCUGCGCUCGUUGUCUUUUGACUUCCGGUUUGUAUUUCCACAGCGAUCUUACGUAUUUAUGAAUGAACUGCUCGUUUUAAAAUCUUCCCGGUCUACUGACAUUUGUUAAGACAUCUGCUUUAAACAUUACAAUGCUCAUGAUAACUUUCAUUAACUCUACAACAUGUGAAUCCACUUCACCAGCUAAUUAUUCUUCAACAGCGAUGCCAUAGAAAUAUACAGAGCUACCGCAAAAACGGAAGUUCAAAGACAAUAUUCUAAAGAUGGCGGCGCGCUUGUUUCCCUGGUAAAUAAGGUCUAUACUUUGCAAGGCUGGGCGUUCGACUACGCCCAGGGUUUUACACCAUGUUUUAGGGUUUCCUAUUAAGUGUAACAAUGAAGUCUCUAUAUCAGGGGUGGUGAACUCCAGUCCUGGAGACCACAGUCCCAUUCCAAACUUUGAUAAUUGAUGACAUUUUCAUAAGACAAAGUGUUUAAUAUUCAGAGUAUCUUAAUGUAGUAAAAUACUUUUAUUGAAUAUGUAGGAAACACAACUAGUCUCGCUGACACAGCUUACCCCAAAGCAUCCCACUCAAUUUACUCUGCAGUUAAAUACAUUUAAUCAUUUAUGGUUGAACUUUAGCCAAAUAAUGAACAGUUCUGUACACUGAUAUUUUUAGACCUGAUGUUUAUUUUACCUGCCAAGUUGAAAUUUAUUUAGACAUUCAAAAGGUUUAAAAAGUGCUUAUGUAGAUGUAUAUGAUGGGCCCUAUUUUAAAUAAAUGGUCACUUAACAGUUUUGCUUGAUUAAUGAGGUGGCACAUCAUACCCCACUCUCCUCUACACUGCAAAAGAAGCAUAGACACUUGUAGUGAAAGAAAAACCUAUAUGUGCUCAUUUUUAGUAGGUACCAUCAGCCAAAAAAGUAAAAUAGAUCACUCAAAAUAACACCUUUUCCAUUGACCCUCGUGUAUGUGUGAGAAAUCAUCUUGUUUUAAAAUGUUCACAAUUUGAAAAAUUAAGAGCUUUCCUUCCACUCACCACCUCUAGAUAUUCUCCCUUAGAAAAAGCAGAAAUGAAGACGAGCAAAAUGGAGGUGUCAGUUUUUUUAUUAGCAUUAAGUUUAACAUUAAAACCUUUUUGGGUUAUGUGCAAAGUAUAAAUCAUUCCAACUCAUGUCGAACUUUUAGUAAAUUUAAACAAUCUUUACAUAAUCCAUCCAUCAGUCUACUCCCAAUACCUCAGCAAUCCCUAAAUGACAUAAAAGCUACACAAUUUAUUAGUCUGCAUUUUGUUUUGGAUAUACUUUUUUUUAGGAAAACACACCUUCUAUAUUUGAUCCUAAUUUGUAUUUCUCUACGACAGGACGUGUUUUAGCAGUGUAUUAACUUACAGCAGAGCUGAAUCUUUCAUUUAAAAUAAAAAUCUAGACAAAAGUGUAACUAGUACAAAAAUCAAUUCUAUGUGUAUUCUUAAAUGUAAUUAUUGGCCAUAUAUCACAAAUCUCUAGUCAAACAUAUUUUCCAGUAUAUAAUCUGGUAUCUGUGACAGUUCACAGUUUUAAAUGUAUCUUUUAAAGAUUUCAUUGUACAUUUAUCUUCUGUGAAUCCUUCCCUCUCCCAUGGUCAGCUUGGUACUAGUUAUUCUGUCAUACAUGAUCCCACACACCCUGUUGGAGACUUUAAACUCCCCGAUUAACGAAAACCCAGACACAAAAAACAUUUACUAAGAAAGAGAGAGAGAGAAACUGGUCCGAAUGUUUGCCUACACACAAAUAUUUCUACGCAUAAUAUUGCUCUUUGCGUUCAUUCACAUUCUCUCUCUCUGUAAUAUUGAUUGUUGCUAUACAGAGAAACAAAUCUGAGAGCACCACACACUCCUGUCCGCGCGCACACACACACACACACACACACAAACAGGGGACAACAGGAAGAGGUUUAAUGGAAGGAGAGGAGGGGUCAGAGUGGAAUUCGUCAAAAGUGGUUUAUCUUGUUAUCCAGCUGUCUGCUCACCACUACUGCUCACAGAUCAGCGUCUCCACCACAAACUUGUUCUCGAAGUGGAGGAUCUUGUGGCAGUUGAGAGCCUCUCGCUUCUGGAUACC